ACGCAAUCUGGCCAGCGAGGCGGGGAGAGAGUCGAUACUCGUUAGAAAUUAUUGAGACGGCAGGUUUUUCCAUGAUCAUAUCACGCCUAAUGCAUCUAGACUGAUGAACGACAAAAAUUUACUGAUGCGAACUUCUGAAUUGAUGUAAGUGUGGCAAGAACUUAUCUCGAGAAUGGCAUCGAAAACUAACUACCCGAAAUCACAAACACCUGUACGAGCUUUUGACUUGAUUUCAGGUGACAACACUCAACCCUGUGACCUGUCAAUCGAGGCAGAACCCUCACCGGUCACCAAUGACAAUCACAUAUGCCUAUUUCGGCGACAAAGGCCGCUGGAUAGUGGUAUAUCUAGCAUGCACGCCUCGUUACGGCAGGUUCACCACUCGCUCGCGUCUGUCCUCCGAACAUGACUGUAGUCUCAAAUGAUCCCAGUUGGUGGCGGGUAAUCAAUUUUAAUAUUGUUUUCAGCUAUUUUGCAGUUGCCUCCUGUGCUGCGGUGAUAUAUGAUUGGGCACUCACAUUCGGACAAGAGUUUGAACUGGUCUGGAGGCAACGAUGGUCCCUCGUGACUCUUCUGUAUCUCGGUGUGCGCUACCUUGGAAUAUCAUACACCGUCAUUUUCAUGCUGCAAAGUCUUCCGACAGCCCCGGCGACAGAUGUAGUAAGCAACGUCAUGUACUCUGCACUAACUUGGAUGACUGUGGUCACAAAUGCGAUGCUGGGCGUCAUCAUUAUCACUCGGUUACAUGUAAUGUAUCAGCAAUCCAGAAAGAUACUUGUCUUUCUCGUUGUAAUCCUCCUGGUUGUCACAAUCACCUGCGGAGUGAUCGCCGUAAUAGGAAGCAGACAUACUGUAGGGGAGGAAACGAUCUUUUCCGGCACCUAUCAGUGCACUUACCACUAUGAGGGAGACACCAGACUUUUGUAUUCUAUGGCUUGGACUCUCUAUACUGUAUGGGAGGUCCUCGCACUAUGUCUUGCAGUUUGGAUUGUUGUAAAACACUUCCGUGCACUGCACCGCCAAUUGCCUGGAUGGACCAUGGUGGACUGUUUCACGGUGUUGAUAAAAACUCACAUGGUUUACUUUGCUAGCUUUAUUGCUGUUUCUUGCUUCCAACUCGGGGUCCUCUCUCCAGGAAUCAUGAGCUCAUCUUCUGUGGGAGUUGAUAUCUAUGGUGGAAUACUUGAAUUUGUCUCAAUCGCACAAAUGUUUGUGCUGGGACCACGCCUGAUCCUUAGCAUUCGAGAAUUUAGCGCUGAGCUCGUAGCCGACUCCGAUGCAGGAAUCGAAAUGGCUACGAUUAUUUUCGAGGAGCCCGGCGAUGUGCCAACUGACGGUGAUGUGUAGCUUUGAAAUGCUCCAAGCAAGUAACAUUUGUCGGGCACUGUCGAGGAUAGGAAAAUAUGAUCGAAUUUUUGUCAUGUACUCAUUUGGUGUUCCGAAGUAGAUUUGACAAGUUGUUAACAAACCCGUAUCAUGUUUCAUCACUACUGGAACUGGCUGCCCAGUUGCACUUGCACGAAGCUGAAAACAUGCGUUGCCCAUCC